CCCCCUCACAGACUACCUCUCUCUCCCUUAUCUCUCUCAACCUUUCCUCCCUCAUCUCUCUCCUAUCAUCAUCGUCACCACCCCGCACCAGCCCUCACUCUCCCUUCCACAGUCUCGGUUUCUCAUUCCCCUUCUUCCAGCUUGUCUCCCUUGCUAGUCACCCCACCGUCGUCGUUCGCGAGCUCCAAAUAACCGGUCACUCUCCUGCAAACUCGGCCAUGGGUUCACCUCUCAUCUCUCCCACGGCUCCGACAAUAACCACCACCCACGCCAGCUCCUCCAUUCUCCAUAACUCUCCGCAUCUGCCACUCUCCACAGCCACCAUCGCGGCCACCACUCUUCCCUUCUUGGCCAACCUCCAGAUCUCACCAUCUCUCGCUGCCAUAGCUCCGAACCCAGCCACCAGCCCUCUCCGCCUCCACUGUUCAUUCAUCAUCUCUCCCAACUCCCUCAUUCUUUCCCUCAUCUCUCUUCUCUCAUCCAUUUCCUCAGACCACCCUUUGCAACCCACCUCCGCCGUCCUCACUCUCACCCAACUCCCCCUUCUCUCAUCUUCCCUGUCACCUGCAACUCCACAGCAACCUCCACGUGACCACCUGCAACCACCACGACUCUCAGAAACCGCUGGAGCACCCUCAGGCUCACUCACGGCCAUCAUUCUCCGCUCCAGAUCUACCCGCAGGUACCCCCCCCUCAGCAACAGUUUCAUCUCUGCCUCUCCACACUCUCUCGGCUCAGUUCGUUUGCUGGGGAGCUGGAGGCCGAAUACAACACAACAGCUCCCUCCUCUGUUCAAGCACAACACCAAUCCUCCUGUUCACAGUAGCCGAACACAGCAGCAGCAGCAACCACCCAAACACAACUCCGACCACCCUGCUCUCUCAUCUCUCGGCAUCGCAGACAAAGGGCAUCAACGAUUCCAGUCGCCGGAUCGACCAUCUGAGGCCACCACGACGCUCUUGGCGAAGUUCUCUCCAAGUUUACUAGGGUGGAUUGUCGGUGGGAUCGAGUUGAAUUUCUCCCCAGGUUCAGGGGAGUUGAGUUGGAAACCCUGCGGGUGUAGGACCGAUAUUCAGUAGGGGCUUUCCAGUAGUCAGUUAAGAGAGACGAAUUUACUGGCAUCUCCCGUCAUGUGCCUUGAACACCCACUGUCAAGGAACCACUUGUUCUUCAUCAAAGAGAUCUAUAAGCAAGCUUGCAAAAAGAGUUAGGUGACUUGUUUUGGUACCCAAUUUUCCUUGGGUCCUAGGGGGUUAGUGUUCUUGAUCAACCAUACGUACUUCUUUUCUUUUCCUCUAUUUCCUCUGAAAGGACAAGUGAAGUGUGCAUGACCCUUUCUUUCACAGUAUAAGCAAGUUUUAUUAACAUGCAAAGGGUUUGGUUUGGGUGAUGGGUUUUUGCUUGGUAAAGAGUUUCUGUUGACACAGAUUUGUAAAACCAAUAGAUUUAGAUGAUGAAAAACCAUAACCUAAACCUUCUUUGAAGAUCCCAAAUCUUUGAAUUCCAAGUAAUUUCUCAAAAUUCUUUUUCCCAUUGGUAAACUUAUCAAUAGUUUUACUUUGAUCCUCAAUUUCCUUAUUUAAAGACACGUUUUCCUCAAAACUCUCAUCAAUUUGAUUUUUCAAAUUUUCAAAUUUCUUUUGGAAAAACUCACGAUCUAUUCAAGAACUUUUAGCAAUUUCUUCAAUUUUUGUACCCAAAGAUGCAUUUUCUUCAUUUAAAGUAGAACAAAGACAUAUCUAUUUUUUGCUUGUAUUUUGAGUGUGUUUCUUCACGAUGUUUAUUUCUCCUUUUAGUUACAAUUAACUCAUCAUAAAGUUUCCUACAAUUUUGUUGACCUUAUAGGUCACGCCCGGUUUUGAUUAUGACAAAUACUCAUUGUAUCUAAUGAGUAAUUGAGACUUUAUGCAGGAACUUAAAUUGACAAAUCAUAAUGCACAUGGAGAGAGUGAAACUUGAAGACCAAUUCACGUUUCUAAUUGUAAUACAUAUCUAGUUAUGUAAUUGGUCUGUAAUAGUAAUUAGGACUUUACCUGUAAUAAUCAUCACACACAUCACAUGCAUGGUCUAAUAGGUAAGCUCAGGCCAAAAAUGAAUCAUAACUAAAACUAGACCUAGAAAAGACCUAAGACACUCACUCUUGCACUCACAUAUGUUAGGCAUAUUGAAUAGGAUGCUUGUGAAUCAAAACAGGAUCGAAAUGCACACUUUGUGUACUUUCUAUCGACCAGCCUAUGCAGUUCAUUCUGCCCUGGUCGACUGAAACCGGUCUGGGUCAACAAAUUGACCUUGUCCUGGUCGACCAAAACCUCCUGAAAUCAACAUUUUGACUUCCUAGUUGACCGAGCCCAAAUUGUAUUCAAACUGUCUGGUCGACCAAGGGUCUUCGGGAGAAAUCCCAAUGGUCUGGUCGACCGAAUCGCUUAGUUCAAAAUCAACCUGGUCGAUCGAACCUCGGUAAAAUGGAAAAAUCUCCUCGGACAUGUACGUCCGGUCGACCGAGUCUCCAGCUCAAAAUAUGCCUGGUCGACCGAACCAUAUGAACUUCGAUCGACCGAAAGGAUUCUGGUCGACUGGGUCUCUCGGGUUGCCUUGCAUUUUUAUCAGGGUUAAAAUAUUUAAAACAUCAUUAAUCUUUUCUAAUAAUCUUAGCUAUGUCCCCAAUGGUUAUAUUUCAUGGGGUGUCUAUAAAUACCCCUUCAUUUGGGAAAAUUAGCAAUUUGAUUAGCAGAAAAAAAUCAAAAAUUCUCUUUCAAGCAAAAUAAUAUCUACUACUCAUACUCUUUCUCAAAAUCACUCAAACUUACCUUCUCAAGCUCCUAAAUCUUCUAUAAGUGUCUUGAGUUUUUUUGUAAUUAGGUUUGCUCUCUCAUUACUUGUGAUUGAAUUGAUUUUCAUUGAGAGCUAAACCUAAGUGUUCUUAGGGGGCUUUGCUCAUAAGCCUAUCCUGGGAAGACUUAUCUAAGCUUCUGAGUGUUGCACUCGUAUUGCAAUAUCUUAGGAAGCUUGUAUUCGUUUUUGGAUUGCCAAAUCAUUUCAAACUUACUCAAAUAUCUUGUGGGAUUUACAUUGAUAUAUUUGUGAAAAGAUAUCUGUGUUUGUGAUAUUAAUCUUUGUUGCAAUAUUUAUUCAAGUACGUGUCAUUUGCUGAAUACAAAGAUUACAUAGCUUUUGCAAACCAAGCAUAUACACUAUACUGAUUGACAUACUUGAGACUCACUUGACAUCUUGUGUGAACACGUUUAAUUGAAUAUUUUGAGAUACACAGAUUGUUGUUGACACUCUCACGUACUGACUACACUGAUAGAAAAUACAUUUGAGAGUAGAACUAUUGGACCACACUGAGCUUAUGUAUUAAAUCAUUUGUGGUGUAUAUGAUUGAACGCAUUUUGGUACAUAUCUGCUUUACUUGAAAGCACUUUUAUCUGUACCAUUUGAUUGUAAAAUAUGAGUGUUUCCAGGCGUGGCCUGAGGGGGCAGUAAUCCAGCUCGGUAAGGAAUGUUGUAAAGGUUUAGGUCAGCCCUGUGCUAAUUGACCUGGUUUGUAUCGGUGCCGCUCCACCCGUUUAAGUGAGCCAAUUAUAGUGGUAUUCCUUGUGUUUGUUAGCCAAGGCGGGGACGUAGGCAAUUGGCCGAACUUCGAUAACA